UCUUCCACAUGUAAGCUGCUUCACCUCCAUUUCAGCUCUCUUCAUACCAUCUCCAAGAUUCCUGCAGCUUUCAUACCUGCUUGUUAAGCUGCAAACAUGUUUCUUGCAAAGGCUUUAUUAGAAGGAGCAGAUCGAGGUCUUGGAGGAGCUCUCGGAGGCCUUUUUGGAGGGGGCGGUCAGAGAAGAGGAGGAGGAGGCGGAGGAAAUUUUGGAGGGAUAGUCGGAGGCAUUGUGAAUUUCAUCAGCGAGGCUGCUGCUGCUCAGUAUACCCCAGAACCACCUCCGGCCCAGCAGCACUACACCAAUGUGGAGGCCAACGAAAGCGAGGAAGUCCGGCGCUUUCGCCACCAGUUUGCCCAACUGGCCGGACCAGACAUGGAGGUGGGUGCCACUGACCUGAUGAACAUUCUCAACAAAAUCCUCGCCAAGCACAAGGAUCUGAAGACUGACGGCUUUAGUCUGGACACCUGCCGGAGCAUCGUCUCUGUCAUGGACAGCGACACGACCGGGAAGCUGGGCUUUGAAGAAUUCAAGUAUCUGUGGAACAACAUCAAGAAGUGGCAGUGCGUUUAUAAGCAAUAUGCCAGGGACAAUUCGGGCUCUCUGGGACCUGCCCAGCUGCAGGGGGCCCUGCAGGCAGCCGGCUUCCAGCUAAAUGAACACCUUUACCAAAUGAUUGUCCGCCGAUUCGCCGACGAGGAUGGAAGUAUGGAUUUCAACAGCUUCAUCAGCUGCCUGGUCCGUCUGGAUGCCAUGUACCGGGCCUUCCGGUCCCUGGACAGGGAUGCAGAUGGCCUGAUCCAGGUGUCUGUCCAGGAGUGGCUGCAGCUCACCAUGUAUUCCUGAAGAGGCUGCUGGCCUCCCCACGCCCCCGGCCAGCCGCCCUGCCCUGU